AUGGAUGCGGAGGCGCGAGAGGUGUACGAAGAGAUACGCGCGCUGGAGCGGGAGGCGUUGGAGAGGGUGAACGAAGCCCUCGAUGACGGGCGCGAAGACGCGGAAGCGUCGCGCGAAGACGCGCUGACGAGGGCCAAAGCGUGCGCGCUUCGAGUGCGAGCGCUGAUUGAGGAAUUGCGGGAAAUCGGUGACGACGCGGAGAGCGUGGACGCGCGACGAGCGAUCGCGAGCGCGGUGAGCGAGCGGGAGUUGGCGUUAGAGAACACGCGGGCGAUCAUGAGACACGCGGUGAUCGAGGCGGCGUCGAAAGGGCGAGCGAGAGAAGCUCGAGAACGCGAGGCGCUGCUGACGGGACAGAGCGGGACGAGUCGACACGACGCGACGAAGGCCAGCGGCGCGGUGUCGAUCGCGAGCGAAGCCACGGAGGGAUUACGAAGGGCUCGACAAAUGAUGGCGACGGAGUUGGAGAAGGGCGAGAAGACGUUGGCGGCGAUUACGGAAUCGACUGCGACGAUGGAGCGAACCGGAACAGAGUACUCAAACCAAACCACAAAGCUUAAAUCAGGUCGCCGUUUGCUGACGACGAUCGAGAGGCAAACAUUCAUGGAUAGAAUCAUCCUUUGGUUCGGGUUCACGGUCUUUUUGUUGGUCGUUAUACACAUUUUGUGGAAGCGAACGCCCGUGCUCGCGAGGUUUCAUCCGCUGUACUACAAGUGGUCUUCAAAGACCGCGGCUGUGGCACCGGUCCUCGGUGAUUCUUCCAAAGAAUCGGCGCAUUCGUUCGAAAUUACUCAGCAUCCGUCCGAUGGUGCGGUGAGCGGGGAAUCUGGUGUCGGUGAGGAAGACGACCCUUACAAGAUCGGCGUCGAGACGCGUCGCGGCGACGGCGAACUUUAG